UACCGGUACAAUGCAUUUUUUAAACUAAGUGAAACAAUUAUUUACUUUAUAAAUAAGUAAUUUUCCGACAAGUUGGCUGUCAUUGCAAGAAAAUUAAUGAGAAAAAGUUUAUUUGUUUUAAUUAAUUGUGUAAAGAAAAAAUAUAAAUGAAGAUGAUGUUCAGAAAUUUAAUCAGCUUAUUAUUAGGAUGCAUUAGUAUUUUUUAUACUAUUUAUGUCGUUUAUUGUUUAAUUUAUUUUAUUUCUAAUCAUAAUCAAAACCAUAAAGCUGUACAAACUUCUGAUGAUAACGCUGAAAGUCUCACAGCUGCGUGGAACAUUUUGAUGAACUUGUAUUUAUUAUUCUUGUUCUUGAUCCAGCACUCGGUGAUGGCUAGUAGAAUUAUUAAGCGCCUGUAUAAAAAAUUGAACAUCUCCGAGUACGAGAGAAGUAUUUACAAUGCAUUGAGUUCAGUGUGUCUGGAUUAUUUGAUGAGAAACUGGAAACCAGUACCCCUGAUUACGCUCUGGGAAGUAAAUACAGAGUCUAACAUGUAUUCAUGGAUUUUAUUUUCUGCUCUACAUCUAUUCGGAUGGCUAAUUAUACUCGGUGGCUGCUGUAUGCUUGAUGUCACCGAGUUGUUGGGGUGGAAACAAAUUUACUGCAAAGUACUUAAUAAGCCUGGAGCAUUAGCUGUUAAGUCAAAGGAGUAUCAAAGGUAUUUAGAUCAUAUGAGGCAUCCUAGUUUCGUUGGAUUCAUUAUUACCUUUUGGAUUCACCCUUACAUGACCAUCGAUCGGUUCUUGUUGUCGUUUAUCAUAACAAUUUAUAUGUUGAUGAUAUGGAAUAUCGACGAAAGCGAUUAUAAAUAUGCGAGCAAUAUUUAUUACAGAGAAAAACAGUACUUCAAAUAUUAAUAGUUGUUUUUUAAAUUAAAUAUUUAUCUGUACCUGAAAUUUCAACGAUCAAAUUUAUAAGGCUAAUUAUUAAUUAUUAAGAGAUAAUGGUGAAUUGAUGAUAAUCAAGUAUUUAGGCUGCAUUCGAAAAUGCUUUCUGUCUAGAUAAAUAACUAAGA